AUGAACUGUGGAGGAGAGGUGGCCGCCCAGCAGGACAGCGGUGGGGACAGCGCCGUGGCUGCCUUCCCUGUCUCACCCCAGCCCACCUCGCUUGCAGGUUCUGAGAUGAUCGAGACCCAGGAGGACAUUUACGUGGGCUCCAUCGAGACAGACCGCGGGGUGCGCGAGCAGGUGCGCUUUUACGACACGCGGGGUCUGCGGGACGGCCUGGAGCUUCCCAAGCAUUGCUUCUCCUGCACUGACGGCUACGUGCUCGUCUAUAGCACCGACAGCAAGGAAUCCUUCAAGCGGGUGGAGCUCCUCAAGAAGGAGAUUGACAAGUCCAAAGACAAGAAAGAGGUCACCAUUGUGGUUUUGGGUAACAAGUGUGACCUGCAGGAGCAGCGUCGAGUGGACCACGACGCAGCCCAGCACUGGGCCAAGGGCGAGAAGGUGAAGCUGUGGGAGGUGUCCGUGGCUGACCGGCGCACGCUGAUUGAGCCGUUCAUCUACCUGGCCAGUAAGAUGACGCAGCCACAAAGCAAGUCUGCCUUUCCCCUGAGUCGCAAGAACAAGGGCAGUGGCUCCAUGGAUGGCUGAGCCUUGUCCUUCCCUUCCUCUUCAUUGCCACCUCCUCUCCCUCACCUCCCUCUUUUCCCUGCAUUCACCUCCUGCUGAGCCUGUUUGGCAUCACGGAGCCAGCGGGAAGCAUGGUGGCAGGAGGAACGGGCUUCCCAGGGCUGGGGACAGUCUUUGAGGAUGAGAGAGGUGACCCAUCUGCCUGGGCUGGGACAGGGACUGCUCUUAUCACUGCCCCCCUCCUGCAGACGUUUGAGGUACUGCAGGGAAGCCAGGAUUCACCACCGAGUGACGCUCCUCUCCUCGCAGGCCUCGUCUCCUGCCCAGGCGCAGGCUGGCAGACCUGGGGGAUGCAUGCUGCUCGAGGGAGGCACAGCAUGGGGCUAGCUGUCACGUUGGGAUCAGCUCCACGGCUGAGCGCUGCCAGGCCAGAGGAAACUAGUUCCCUGGCUGGCGAGCUGCUCUGUUUUUGUAUCAUGCUGGUACCGUGUGAGAAGAGUCUCUCUGCUGGCCGCGCAUCCCGUGUGGUGUGGCUGCUCUCAGAGCAGCGCCCCCUCGUACUACCCCGGCUGGCUCUGCGGCGCUGUAGCUUUGGCCCAGUAUAUUACCCCUUCCCAGCAGCGUCCUCUGCUCCUUUAUGUACGGAAGCGUUCAGGCCUUGGUCAAGUCGUCUGCAGGAUGUACGUCCUGCCCCACCUGCAUGGCGCAGAGCAGGGCGAGGUGCUGUCGCUGAGGGCAGGGUCAGGCCCCACAACUCAUGGUGCCUACAUCCACCACGCUGCAGCUCCGCUCUUGCUAAGUGCAGCCUCGGUCCUAGCCUGGGAGACACUGGAACUGUGCUUAGCCCACAACAAUCCGACGCUUAGGGCUGUGGGAGCUCAAACCACGCGUCUGUCACGGUGCUGGCUCUCCUCUCAGAACCACAAGACAAGGGGAACGGUUUCCCGCACACGUUCCUUUUGGCUAGUCUGGAUCUAGGCAAAGAUGACGAGAAAGCCCUGGCUUGUUUAUACUUGUUCCUUUUAUUUACUGAGUAACACAAUAAAGCGAUGAGAUUUGAUUAUCAAAA